ACUUUUCUCUUCCUAUCUCUCUCUGCCAUUUUUCUAUAAAUGUUUUUUUUUUUUUUUUUUUUUUUUUGCGUAUUUUCACCAAUUCUAACUUUCGAUAUAAAGUUGGAGAAAAAAAAACUAUAUUCCCAGCAAAGAAGCGACCCGCAAAGCCCACACCUUUGAUUCUUCUGUGUCAAUUUCUCCAAAACGGUGGUGCAUCUUCGAUCCCAUUCUUCAAGAUCUCAGAACCCAGAAUCAUGCUGUCUUUUUCCUCUUCUUCCUUGCUCCGUCCAAGUUUACACUUCCAGCCUUCUUCCCACCAACCCCUUGCUAUGUCUAGAAGAAGUAUUAGCCCGUUCCGUCGGAAAGUCUUUUGCUGUUCCACCGCCACCAAAUUCGAUAGUCUAUCAAAGUCAGGAGGAGGUUUGCGUGAGCCUGAGAAUGAUUCUGAUGUUCUUAUAGAAUGUCGAGAUGUCUACAAAUCAUUUGGGGAUAAACAUAUCUUGAAAGGUGUUUCCUUUAAGAUUAGACAUGGGGAAGCUGUUGGGGUGAUUGGUCCUUCUGGGACUGGAAAAUCAACCAUUUUAAAGAUCAUGGCUGGUCUUCUUGCUCCAGACAAGGGAGAGGUUUAUAUACGAGGGAAAAAGCGAGCUGGUUUGAUAAGUGAUGAGGAGAUAUCAGGGCUUCGUAUUGGCCUUGUUUUUCAGAGUGCAGCUCUCUUUGAUUCUCUUACAGUUAGUGAAAAUGUUGGUUUUCUGCUCUAUGAGAAUUCAAAAAUGUCCGAGAAUCAAAUAUCUGAGCUUGUGACACAGACCCUGGCAGCUGUUGGUUUGAAGGGUGUUGAGAAUCGACUGCCUUCUGAGCUAUCAGGUGGGAUGAAGAAAAGGGUUGCUUUAGCUCGUUCUCUUAUUUUUGAUACAACAAAAGAGGUCAUAGAGCCAGAGGUGCUCUUGUACGAUGAGCCAACAGCUGGACUUGAUCCCAUUGCAUCAACUGUAGUGGAAGAUCUUAUACGAUCUGUUCACUUGACGGGCGAGGAGGAUUCACUUGGAAAACCUGGGAAGAUCGCCUCUUAUUUGGUUGUUACCCAUCAACAUAGCACCAUUCAAAGAGCUGUAGACAGGUUAUUGUUUCUGUAUGAAGGAAAAAUCGUCUGGCAAGGAAUGACUCAUGAAUUUACAACCUCAACAAAUCCAAUAGUUCAACAGUUUGCUACAGGCAGCCUUGACGGACCAAUUAGAUACUAAGGGACACAAACCAAGAAGUGGCGGUACAUUGUUGAGUUCAUGGCAACACUGAGUUGAGUUGUGUGAAGAGUCCUCUUGCUCCUAUUAAGAUUCUAAAGAAACUAGAUUCUUUAUUUCUUCCAAAACAAAGCUUUUAAGUCUACUUGUAAACACUCUUUUAUCUUAGUAGAGCAUAGAUCAGGAAAGGAUUGUAAGUUGAGGUUUCUUGUUUGAAGUAACAGUAUUAAUCAUUGGGUUUUAAAGUGCGUUGAACAAAGACAAUGAUUCUGGCAAACAUAUGCCUCGAAUUAAGUUGUGUAUGCAGCCUC